GCAAAUCCUGGCUGCCAAGAGCAUCAACAGCAAAUCGAUUUGAACGCAAAUGCACCUCAACAUUCCAUAAACAAUCAUGAUAUUAGUUUAUUUGUACGUAUUUCUAGCCCUGGCCGCUGUUCCGCAAUGUCUCAGCAAAGUGACCUACACUUUUCUCGAGUUUCCGUACAAAGAAAUCCCCAAGAAUGAAGCAAUGUUCCAUGAAUAUGAAACGGCUUGCGCCCUUGGCUGCAGCGGAAAGAUAGGAGUCUCGAAGACGUUAUGCAUUCGCCAAUGCAUUUCUCCAUCUUGUUACAAGGAUCUCUAUCAAUCGGAUUUACUCGAAGAAGGAGAGGUGGAUGUUAGGCUCAACAGCUUCAAAGGAUGUUUCAUACAAAGGCACAACAGAUCACGUACUUAAAUCCCGUAAAUACAUGUAUUAAUUCAUAACACCUUUUUCGUCUCCCAACAAUAACAAACUAACCGCUACAGAACUAAUGUGUAUAUAUAAAUAUAUAUAUAGAUAUACAGAAUUUUUUACUUAGUUUUAUUUUUGAUGAAUAGUAUUAAAUAUGAAUGACUUUCAGAAAAUGGUAACUUAUUUGAUAAGUGACUUAGGCAAAGUUCGCUUUGUUUAUCAAAUUUCUCCUUUUGAAUGGCACAAAGAUUCAUAUAAAUCAAUAUUCGAUAUACGUGAUGUAGCUUUGCCAUUUGA